UUUCAACAAGUUUUUUUUUUCGUCUUUGGGGAGAAAUGAUGCUUGUUGUCCACGACCAAGACCUAAUGAAGGCGCCGCGGCAUUGGAGCUUGGCGAUGGGCGUUUCCUCCGGCGCGCGCUAGACGAGGGCGAGGAUUUGGCCCUCUUGGGGCUGCCAUAGGAAAUGCCGGUGUCGAUUCCAGGGCGCGGUAGCAUCAGCAGCAGCAAUAGCGCCAGGGAUUAGGCAGGUUGUAGCUGGAAAAGAAAGAUUAGAGCAUAGAGAAGGGCUUCAACAGGUCGCAUUGGGCUGAAGAAUGUGCAUACUGUGCGCUGGAGCAAAGUUUUCGCGACGCAUCGUCGCCAUGCUACCAUGGUUGAUCAUCCCUUUCGUCAUCGUUUGGGCCUUCUCGCAGUUCCUGCCACCCGGCUACCGCUUCGAGAUCACGUCCACGAGGCUGGCAUGCGUGGGAGUGCUUCUGAGCAGCCUCUUUUGGUACGAGUUCGUCGUCCCCAAUCUCUCGCAGUGGCGGGAUAGGAGAGCGAUCCUUCUCCGCGAGAGGCAGCGUAUAGAGGCACAGAAGGCCGCAAGGUGGCGAAAGGAGGCGACCAAGCACUGCCGGAAUUGCCACACUCCUUACCGCGACCAGACUCCACAGGCGAGUGGCAAGUAUAUGUGCACCAACUGUGGCCACGCCUCGAAGAAGCCCGAGCUACACGUCCCCGGGGAUCCUCGGCCCAGGGACUUAAAGUUGAUCGACCACUCGACGUGUUGGAGAUCGCUCUGGGAGGAGCUGGACAAGCAGAGAUUUUUCCAUCUGGUGCAUAGGUGGGUGGCGCUGGCAGGGAAGCUUUUGGCCUGGUUGUGGAAGCAGUUUUGCCGGCAGGAUGGCUCCAGGGAUGGCUCGCAGGGUCGACAGCAGAACGCGAAGGAGAUAGACGAGACGGAGGAGAAGAGAGGAAGGGCGAGGAGGAAGGCGGAGGAGAAGCGUCUAGCGAGACUAGAGAGGGAGAAGAAGGAGGAGGAGGAAAGGAGGGACAGGGAGGAGUUUAAGAAACUCGUAGACGAGAGGAGCAAACUUCGUGCUGAGCUACUUGAGGCCGAGAAUGCGAGUAAGAGAGAAGCCGCUGCCGAGAGGGAACGUGAGUUGAGGAGGGAUAGAGAGGCUGAGAAGAAGAGGCAGGAGAAAACUAAGGCGUCGCCCAAGGAGAAGGAGUUGGCCAGCGACAAGAGUGUUGGUGGUAGUAGUCCUGGUAGUAGUACAGAAGAGGCACGGACUAGGAUUGAAAAGGUGGGAUAUUUUGGCAGGAGGAGGGGUUACAGCUACUUCAGCGACUAUAGGAACUCUAGAGCAAGCUCCAGCUCUGGUGGAACCCCUCUCGGAAAGCACCAGAACUUAAGUUCGACAAAGAUUAGGACGAACGCGCCAGCGAAGUCGACUAGUGCGGCUCCGCCUAAGGAGGUGGCGCCCCCCGGGACUUCGAUGAGCUGGUCCAAAGCCUUGUGUGGAGCAGCCAACACCAAAGUGGAAGCCUGCAGCGCUUCCUCGGAGGCUUUUCCAAAACCACUGGCAAAUGGUGGUUCAUUCUUCUCAAAGAGUGCUGUUGCUGCUACAACCACAAGUUCGAAGCCGCAACCUCUAUCACCCGAAAUAACAGCAGCCCCUCCCUGUCAAGAAGCUAGCGGCUCGACUCCAGUGUCCACCGAUCCCAUUUACUUCCCAGGUACCGCUCCAGUACUUCCUCCCAUCUCUGCUCCACAGCAUAACACACUGACUAGCGAACCAGUCGCGUCUUCCACCUCCCUCUUCUCCUCGUUCUUCCCAUCGACCACCGUCUUACCACCUCCGACUAGCAUCGAUGCUACUUAUUCAGUCAUGUCCCCGACACUGCUCUCGCCAGUCUCACGCUCAGUGUCGAGUGACUUUGCCUGGCCUGGCCCGUUCUCCCAGAAAACCGUGCGAGAUCCUUGCAUCCAGCUUCCAGAGGAUAUAUGCCUGUCACCCUCGCUCGACACCAGCAGCUGGCUACCGCAGUACGAUUACGAGGUGGACAACGUUCCUCCGGAGUUUUUGGAUUGCAUAACUCGUGAUAUCAUGGUGGAUCCGGUGACCACUGCUGACGGGCACUCGUAUGAUCGAUCGACGAUCAAAGCAUGGCUGAAGGAGCACAAAACUAGUCCGAUCACUGGAAUCGAGCUGCCUCCAGCUCCUCCUCCAGACAAUGUGGAUAGAACUCUUCGGCCGAAUCACGUCCUCCGUUCCCAGAUACUCGACUACAACGAGCGCAAAGCUCGAGAAAGGGCUAGUCGAGAUGGAUGGCCAGUGACGAGCCUCCCGAAUCAGCAACACCAAAUCUCUUGCGGUUUGUUUAUUUCUCCGGGCUUACAUUCUAUGUGGUAAAAACGAAGUUAAGAAAGAAGAAAUGAGAGCUUUUGCCCUUUA